UUGAUUCAAAGUACCACUUGAAUCUCUAAUAUACUUCUAUACCUUGAUCGUCCUACUUGUCUUGUCCUCUUCUUUCUGUCUUUCUAUCCUCACCACCAUAUCUUUAUACAUACUCUUAAAGAUACCCAAAAGAAAGCAAAGAACAUCAUGCGUUCUUCCGAAACUUCCUUCAAACCAGACAGAAAGUGGUCAAUGAACCCUCUCCUCCUGCUCAUCAAAAGCAAGCAGUUCUUUUACUCCAAUUACACAACCUACAAUUCGGUUCAACCCAAAGCAUCAAUGAUCAAGGGCAUUUUUGGUGCGCCGCUCGAAUAUGCAGCCAUGUGUGGCUCAACCUCAUUCCACCCUCCACUUGAUCUUUGCGUUCCAUCCCCUGUUCACCGUUGCUUCACAGAGAUCAUUAAAAGAGGUCUUUAUUUCGAAGGUAUCUUUCGCCUAUCAGGUGCAGCUUCGGAAGUGUCUCGCCUUCAAGACGCAUUUGAUCAACCACCGACAUAUGGCAAAUAUCUCGACCUAACCAACUACGACAUCCACUCCAUAACCAGCGUAGUCAAAAAGUAUCUUCGAAACCUACCAGACUCUGUGAUUCCAAUGGCUGUUCAUGAACAGUUUCUUCAAACAACAGAAAUGUGCCGAUCUCCUGUAGAGGCUAUAAAUCUUGUCGCGCUCUUGAUUGCCGACCUCCCAGUUGCCCACAACCACCUCUUACGCUAUAUCUUUAUUCUCGUCUCGCACAUCAGA